AUGGAGGAGGAGGAGGAGGAGGAGGAGGUGGAGAAGGGGAAGAAGGGGGGGAAGGGGGAGAAGGGGAAAAAAGCGGGGAAAGGGAAGAAAGUGGUGAGGGGGCAAAAGGGAAAGACGGGGCAGAAGGGGAAGAAGGGGAAGAAACGGGAAGGGGAGAAUGUGGAGCAAGAUUGGGAGAAGAUUGGGGAGGAAAGAGGGAGUGCGGUAAGAGUAGAGGAGAGGGAGGGGGCUGAUUGCAAGCAGCAGGAACGGUUGCGGCAGGGAGGUGUGGGUACUAGAGGGGCGAAGGUUGGUGCUGCGGAGGUGAGGGAUAGCGGGAGGGAAGGAGUGAGUGGUGGUUCGUUGUGUGAGGUGCGUCAGAAAGGAAAUGGUGGUGAUGGUGGAUCACCGAGUGGGGAAUAUGAGAAGAAGCAGGAGCGGUUGCGGCAAGGAGAUGUGGAGGGAGAGGCGAAGGGUGGUGCUGCGGAGGUGAGGGAUAGAGGGAGGGAAGGAAUGAGUGGUGGUGUAUUCGCGAGUGGGAGAUGUGAGGGAUUAGAUCGAAAUAAUAAGGAAGGAGGUGUUAACUUAGACGGAAGGGAUAAGGGGGGAGGUGUAGGAGGAGGCGAGAGAGGAGAGGAGCAAGAGGAGGAGGAGGAAAAAGGGGAAGGGCAGGAUGAGUGGAAGGAUGUGGAAGGGAAGGAUGAGAAGGAACGAAAAGAGGAGGAGAGAAAGGAGGAGGAAGGAAAGGAGAAGGAAGGGAAGGAGGCGGAGGAGGGGAAAGCGGAAAGGAGAGGGAAAGGAACAGAGGGGCGAUUGCGGGGAAGGGACAAGGCAGCAGGCAGUGGUGCAGCAGGCAGUGGUGCAGCAGGCAGUGGUGCAGCAGGCAGUGGUGCUGCAGGCAGUGGUGCUGCAGGCAGUGGUGCAGCAGGCAGUGGUGCUGCAGGCAGUGGUGCUGCAGGCAGUGGUGCUGCAGGCAGUGGUGCUGCAGGCAGUGGUGCUGCAGGCAGUGGUGCUGCAGGCAGUGGUGCUGCAGGCAGUGGUGCUGCAAGCAGUGGUGCUGCAAGCAAGGGGGGCAAAUGGCAGCUGCAGCUAGACUAG